CGCGGGUGUGCGCGCCGGAGAGCGGUGCUCCCCGGGGGCCGGCUUCUCUGUGCGAGCUCUGCGGAAAGACGGGCGGGGAGGGUGCCGUUACCGGGAGGCUUACGGCUGUAAAGGUGUCCUCGUGAUAAAAAGAUGUGGUUUCAUCGAGAAAUUCGUUGAAGCAAAAUAAUCGACUUAAUUCAUCCGACUGACGCUUCCCUCCCGCCCCCAAUUGUUUGCUGAAAAGUACCGUAUAAACGAGAGUCGGAUUUUUUUUUUUUUUCAUUGUGUGCAGUGAACCAGUUUUGCAGGAUGAGCACUCUGACUGAAGAAGUUAAGCCAGAAGAUGACAAACGGGAAUCUGAAAAAAAAAUAUUUUAUUGUGAAGUUUGUAAAGUUCCAUGUAUGAGUUCUAUAAGUCUUCAGUCACACUAUCGUGGUGCAAAGCAUAGAAAGAAAGAGAAAGCCCUGAGACGCAAGACUGUCUAUUGUGCCCGAGCUCCACUCCGAACUCCGAUGAAGUAUGAAACACAGAGACCAGCUAAGAGAGGACUUACAAAGGACAUAACCUGUCUGAAGGAUUUUAUGAAUGAUCCCAAAAGAGAAGAACCUCUAGUUGGUUUAGAAUAUGUGGUUGAAAUCAGAUUUGAAGGAAGAAAAGAGCCGCAUUAUGAGUGCAAGCUGUGUGGUUUUAAUACAGAGAUGGCACCUAUGAUAGAACAUCUUAGUGGAUAUAAACACAGAAGAGCAUACAUCUCUAAAGAAUUUCCAGGUAAAAUGAAGAGAGAGACAACAGAUGUAAAAGAAUGCAAAGUCUCAUUUCUCAGACGGAUAGCAGGAGAGCUAGAGAAGACUGAAGGACUGAAAAUGUAUAAGAUUGAAGGUUACAUAAGACCAAGUACCUCACCCCCAUCAAAGAAGAAGGCAAGGUGGGAAGAUGAUUAUAAGUAUGAGAAUGAUCCUGUUCGGAAACAGAAAGCUCUAGAAUUCUUGGAGACUUUUCACAUCACUUCAGACUCAGAAGCAACACUUGUUGUUCAUAUUACACAGGAACUUACAGAAGCUUUGAAGGCCUUUUGUGAGAAGAAAGCAGCAGUUAAUUACACUAACAGUCUGAGGCCACUGAUGUCAAUAUCUCAAGAUGAAUUUCCAGAAAGGAAAAGCAUCCCAAAACACUAUAAGCCAUAUGGAAAAUCCAAAGGGAAUUCUAACUGGAAUCAAGGUUAUUUGUCUCGGUAUGAAGAGUGUUCUGCAGAUGAUUCUUUUGCUUCUGCUAACUCCUAUAGUUACCAAACAGAUGACAGAUCAUCUUCUUAUAGACUAAGAUCUGAUGACUUUGCAAUGAUGUCUGCACUCAGGGACUCUCUUGCUCUUCAGACUGGAAGUCCUGCCAGUGGUAUCAGUGAAUGGCUGAGACAGUUCAGCCGAUCUGCUUCUGGCAGUAAUUCAGCUGGUGGGGCCUGUUCCUAUGAGACAAGUCCAGUGAGUGAGUACUCAGCAGAAUAUAUGUCCAACGAUGUGCGAGGAAGUAAGCUCCCUGAUAACAGAAUCUCAUAUGGCGGGGAAAGUACAAACUGGGGGAAUCAACAAGCAUGUACAAAAGCAAGGCGUAUGAGUGAUCAAGGAUUACCCUAUGCCAAUUCUUCUGCCUCAUAUCCUCCUUCUGGAAGAUAUUCCACAAACUAUCCUUUGCAAAGCUAUUUCUCUUACAGGAAUGAGGAGUCUGUGAAUACUUGUACAUCUUCUGCAAAGCCUGCUGUUUCAGGGAGAGGUGGCUGUAGGUGGAAUGAGGACUUUAGGUGGAAUGAGGACUCUAGCUGGAACCAAAGCUCUAGCUGGAACCAGGAGUCUAACUGGAGGCAGGAAUCUAGGUGUCAAGGAUUCAGGUACCCCAAGUCAGGCUACAGGAGUGAUUGGAGUUCACAUCAGUACUCAUUUUCUGGCAGUGGUUCGUACAGAGAUUACCAGCAGUUCAGAAGCUCAGAUAAAAUACUUGAUGAAGAUGCUGUUGGUCUUACUCCCAACAUUUUGAAUAGACUACGAGGAGAGGAUAUACCUACAAUGACCAGGAUGCUCAAACAGUUGGCUCCAUAUUAUCCAGCACUUCAAAAACUAAAUAUUCAGACAUUAGUCAAUGUGCUAGUAGAAACUAGAGGAAAAGAUUAAGGAGCAACACAGCUGAACUGGAAACAGAUGAACAGAUUUGAGAAUCUCCAUCUCUUGGCUUUCAGGAAAGAGACUGAAUUUAAUUCUGUGUUUGACUGGUUUGGGGAGGGGAAAGGGAGGUAGGGUUUAAUUUUUUAACAAGUGAAGUAUAGCUGGAACACAAACUUGCACAUAACGGAGGUGAACAUACUAUUUUGUUUAGGCUUUUUUAAUGUAUUUGUUAUAUCUUAGUAUAUUACAGAAAAAAAUCUUUUCUUAUUUUUUGAAAAUAUGUUAAUGUUAUUCUGUCAGCAAAAAGCUAAUAACCCUUUUAACACCCUUCCCAAUUCAGAAAAAAGAGAAAUGUUUCAUUUUAUGUUAUCUACUUAGGAAGAAUAUUCACUGAAAAUACAGGUCCAUGGCAUAAAAAUACAGGUUUAUUUUUCUUCACACAGAUGUAAGGCCAGUUCAGUUAAUUUGAACCUUUAUAAUUAGCAUAUUUUUAGAAAUUGAUACACUACAUUUCUGUUUAGACAAAGGAGAAUGUUGCAGCAAAGGUAUUCUCUGUCUUAACAUGAUGCUAUAUGAGGAAAAUGUAAUCUGUUCUAGGGAAUUGGUAUGUAAUGGGGCAUAUUAGUCAUUUUUGGUUUUGCAGAGUAAAAAGAGAUGUGAAAUAACUUGCAGAUUUUUUUAUCAUGUUGGUUGGAAUGAAAUGGCUAAAAAAUGGCUUAAAAACUCAUUUGAUGGAUUCAUCCAUACUAAAA